AUGAAUGGUGUGAUCCGUUGCGAGCCGCCGCCGCCGCACCGUUUUCGACCGAACGCGAGUUUCGAUCGCUGCGACGGAUUAUUCGUUCGCGCUCCAAAGCGCGGUGCGGCGCUCGGCGGUGCGCGCGCCACUUGCUCGCCGUACACCUCCCCCCCCCCCCCCCCCUCCCCCCUUCAUCACUUUCCGUGCCCCCGGAGGCAGGCCCCGGCGGUCCCAGUUCACCGCAACGCGUCGCCCCGGCCGCCCGCGCGCGCCACUCACGCAAACAACUCCCAACACAAUACCACGUCUGACACGCACAAACAAAACGCCUCGCAACACACAAAACGGCCCCGC